GGCGGCCCAGCCCCCGCCCGCCCGCGCCUGGUGGCGGCGGCGGCAGCGGCAGCCGCGCAGCCCCGCAGAAUGGAGCGGCGCCGGGGCUGAGCCGGGCGCGCACGGGCCGCCGCAUGUGUCGCGCGGGGAGCGGCUGCAGAGCGGGCGGAGAGCGAACGCGAGAGGCCCCGUCGGAGCGGCCGCCGGAGCAGCGCCGGAGAUGGGAGAACAGCCCAUCUUCACCACCCGAGCGCACGUCUUCCAGAUCGACCCCAACACCAAGAAGAACUGGGUGCCUGCGAGCAAGCAGGCCGUCACCGUCUCCUACUUCUACGAUGUCACAAGAAACAGCUAUCGGAUCAUCAGUGUGGACGGAGCCAAGGUGAUCAUCAACAGCACAAUCACACCCAACAUGACCUUCACCAAAACGUCGCAGAAGUUUGGGCAGUGGGCCGACAGCAGAGCCAACACGGUGUUCGGUUUGGGGUUUUCCUCGGAGCAGCAGCUGACAAAGUUUGCAGAGAAAUUCCAGGAAGUGAAAGAAGCUGCCAGACUGGCCAGAGACAAAUCCCAGGAGAAAAUCGAGACCUCGAGCGAUCAUUCCCAAGCAUCCAGCGUCAACGGGACAGACGAUGAAAAGGCCUCUUGUGCGGGUCCUGCUGACACACACCUCAAGUCCGAGAACGACAAGCUGAAGAUUGCUCUGACGCAGAGCGCCGCCAACGUGAAGAAAUGGGAGAUGGAGCUGCAGACCCUGCGGGAGAGCAACGCCCGGCUGACCACCGCCCUGCAGGAGUCAGCGGCCAGCGUGGAGCAGUGGAAGAGGCAGUUCUCCCACUGCCGCGACGAGAACGACCGGCUCCGUAGCAAGAUUGACGAGCUGGAAGAGCAGUGCAGUGAGAUAAACAGAGAGAAGGAGAAGACUACCCAGUUGAAGAGAAGAAUCGAGGAGCUGGAGUCGGAACUCCGAGAAAAGGAGACGGAGUUGAUAGACCUCCGAAAACAAAGUGAAAUCAUACCUCAGCUCAUGUCAGAGUGUGAAUACGUCUCGGAGAAGUUAGAGGCCGCAGAGAGAGAGAAUCAGAACCUGGAAGACAAAGUGCGGUCCCUGAAGGCAGACAUGGAGGAGAGCAAGUACCGCCAGCGCCACCUGAAGGUGGAGCUGAAGAGCUUCUUGGAGGUGCUGGACGGGAAGAUCGACGACCUGCACGACUUCCGCAGGAGCCUCUCCAAGCUGGGCGCCGACAACUAGGGCCACGCGUGAGUCCCCAGGGUGUGUGUGACAUGGAGUAGCACUAGGACGUCCUCCCUCUCGCGUGGCUUCUGUAAAUGCAGGCGCGGUUUGUCGUGUUUGUAAAUCAGGGGUGCCGUCCACUCUCCUCUCCGGAAUAGAAAUCUCCCCUCUCUUCUCUGGCCUUGCGAGGUCGUGGACAACUGGAUGAUUCUGACUCAGGAAUCCAGGACUAGGUCUACCUGCGUAAAUGUUUACGCAGUCAGGGCAGGGAUGUUUAUAUCUUUCUUAAGGGCUGUUGCAACCAUACGAACUGGAAAAAAAAAAGUAUUUUCUAAUCCAAAUGUGAAUACCCUUUCCAACUCCUUGUUUUGAGUAGUGUUCAGAGUAUUUGAAUGUCCACCAGGCACCAGUGCAUGGGGCAUGGUGAUAGCAGCUCCCCUCUCAGUAUAUAUAGAGAUGCUUUAAAACAACCACUUAGUAGAGACUUGUCCCAAGAGAGAAAACAAGUUUCUGGUGGGGGCAUUUUCUGGCAGGGGAAUCGCCUGCGUCCACUCCGCCCACUUCCACCCACCCUCCCAGUUUGUAGGGUUGCGACAAUGUUCCUUUUCUUGGUUUUAAUUUCUGGGCAGGUUACUGUGCUGUGGGGACAGCACACAGUGAGGGUGCCUAGCACAAAGUAGGUGCUUAAUAAAUAUUUGUUCAAUUAAAUGUAUGAACAGAAUUUAGUGUUUUCAUCACACAGCCUCCCCCCAUGAAGCCCGUGUUGGACAGUCCGCCAUCCUGGUGCACCGGGUCAUUAUCAGGCAUGCAUGUGACUUUGUGGUCAGACGGAUGGGUUGACUCAGGUGGCCCUGAGGCCGGGAGGGUGGCGGUGGAAGCAGCAGGAGCUGGUCCGAGCUCCCUCUCCACCACCAGGAGCCCAUCCACGGUGCUCUGCCCCUGGGGGGGGCCUCUGACACUGAGACCACCUUUCCUCUCGAGGCGUGAGGCCUGUGGCCUGGGGAUUCCAGGACCACUGACUGUCCCUGGUAUAGGGGCUCCCCAGGGCUUGGGGUCUAGGGUGGGAUCCUCUGUUGUGUUCAGACAAUGGAGAAAGAAAUCACACAGGCCCACGAGGGAGAGAGUGGGCUCAGAGUGGCUGAGCCUUGGCCUUACAGGAGUUGUGCCCAGGCCUGCCUGCCCCAGUUCCUGCUAAGGAAGGGACCAGAGCUGUAAGCCUCUCCUCGCUUACUGAGUUCCUCAGCAGGGCCGGUGGGCAUUUUGUUUGCCCCAUGCAUGGCAAGAUGGUCUGAAUCCCUGGCCAUAGGCAUUUCUAAAUGCCUUUAAAGGAGGGGGAGGCUUUGGUGCCCCCUUACCUGUUUUGAGAACCACGAAGAGAACGUCCCCCGUUGGAAGGAUUUUUUCACACGUUAGAAAUGCCCUCUGCUGAAUUUCCGUAAACAAUAAAAUAGCCUGAGGAGGUGGGCAGGGCACACAGGGAUGUGACCUAGGCCCCAGGGUGACUUUACAAGUCCUGCUGCUCUCCUUUGUGUAGCCGAGACCGUCUCCCUGAGCAGGGAGGGCUUAUCUGGGAUGGGGAAAGAGGGAACGCAGGGGAGACCGAGCAGGCUGAGUGGGGCAGCUUUGGUGGAGUUCACUGGGCUGGAGGUGGACGGAAAUGGAGAGCGUGGUCGGCCCUCCUGCUGAUUUGCGAUUGGGCAUUGCUGGCCCUGCCCCUUCCCCAGAGCUCCAGAUGGCUCUCGGGACGGUGGUAGCAGCUCGCGACUGACCUGGAGACCAGAGAACUGGGCUGGCCGUGAAUCGGCCCCGUGGCCCAGCAGUGGGCUACAGAGGAUUCUUCUCAGACCAGGCCAGUCCCCCUGCCCAGGAGCAUUGGACACCGGGGUUCUGAAACCUCAGUUUGGGUCUUCUAAUGCCCACCACCCCAUCUGUGAGGCGGCUUAGUCAUCCAGAAGGCGCCGUCUUGACUGACUGGAGCACGCUCAGGGCACGUGUUCAUCAGAGGACAGAGUUGCCAAAGCCACGUGCACGUUCUGGAGCAGUGGCUGCAGAAAACAGUGGCAGCAGGAGAGCCAUUACCACGGUGGGCUGCUGUGUCCCCGUCCAGGCGAGACCAAUGACCCCGGCUUCCCGAUCGUUGGAGAGUUUGGUGAGCCCUUGUGGGUGGUAGGUGAGGAGCUGCGAGCCCUACACUACACGGCCCCAGCCAGCUCUGAACUGUGCAGCUCCGGAGCUAAGUGCACUAGGGGCUCCUCUAAAAGGGACGCUAAGCUGGGUUCAGCAGGGAAAGCACACCUUUACAGAAGCCCUGGACUUUCAGUUCCUUCUGCUGCUUUUCUCUAAAGAUCUUAACGUUUCUUCAUGUACUUUCUUUAAAAAAAAAUUAGGGGGAGCCCUGGGACAACCUAGACAGUCUGUCGAGAGGCUGGCCCUAUCUGCCAGCUUUUGGAUAUGAUGAGAAUGACCUGCUGAAUUCCUCCCGGUUUCCCUUGAGCCAGGCCCUCAUUUAUUAGGACGUCCAGCUCCGGUCUCAGCACUGAUGCCCUUUGGCUGUUGUUAUCUUAAGCCAAGUGCAGGCAACCUUCAUUCAUAGACACCCCAGCCCUGUUGUGCUGCUGGAGGAUUCAGAGCCAGGACUGCAUCUUCAUUUCCAAGGGAUGUCUCCUGAAUUGACAUAUCCAGGACUGGCUGCCUGAACCUUGAUGAGCUUUUUUUUUUUUUCUCCCUCUCUUUGCAUCUGUGAAACCCGGGACCUAAAAGAAGCAAAAUAAAAUUUGGAAUCCUUUAACCAUAAUAAUCCUUAAAAAUGACUUUCGUUCCAAGUAAAGACCCACUGGAUACACGGUACAGUUGAGAGCGGCGAGGGGAGAUAAAGUCUUCCUAAUGCUCAGGGAAUAGAAAACCACCCGAAUGACAGGCUGGAACACUGUGGUCAGACCUUGAAAGAGAGCCAGCGUCCACACAAGACCCGGAAACUUGUGUGCGUCCUUCGUUCCGCACUUCCCUGUGUGCUGUCACUUUAGACCUCUGUUGGUUGAGAGAGCAGGGCAGAGAUCACUCCCCGUUUUGCAGAGGAUGCAGAGACAAGUGACUCACUCAGAGUCACUCCGCUGGUAAGCAGCAGCGUGAGCUAGCAUCCGGGUCUCCUGCACCCUGGUCCACUGACUUUCUAUGAGUCACGCACCCCUGGUCCACUGACUUUCUAUGAGUCAUGCACCCUUCUCCCUUUGGUAACCUUUGGGUGCCAGGAAAAAAAAAAUCUCGUGUCCUGAUAAGAGCACGUUGCAGUUAUACUGUUUUAAUAUAUGUCCCUAGCGAAUGACAGCUUAUAAAUGAGCAAAUCAGAAUUAUGUUUACAUUCAUUACAGCAGUAAGUUCCACUUUUGAAUGAUUCUGGUUUUGCAGAGAUCUUUCCAAGAUUGUUGGUUAAAAUGAUGUCAGCACUCCGAAAGGCCAGAUCGAUGAGACACAGUCAGUUUGAGUUCUUCAUGGAUGGCUUUCAGGGAGGCAGAGCAGUUUGUGCAAAACAAGCAGAAGGCCCCAAGGCGGCAGAGAGUAAACAGAGUGCUGGCGAGUGCGGCCAGGAUUGCCUGUCACUGCCCAGCCCCGUCCCAGACAGGAGCUAGCACUGGGGAGGGAGCAGGCCGGCCAGUGGUUAGAGCAGGGUGUGUGGGACCUGACCGGCCCCCGGAAGGACUGUCCACAGCGGGCAGUUGGUCUCCAUCCUGCAGGCUCCUCAUGGACAUCUCUAGACGCGGGCAGCCCACGGGCACAGCCUGGGCAGUGGUUGGCUGAUGCCUGACCAGUAUGUACUGCAUUUGACAUAACGUAUCCGAUAAAGGGUGGGGUAUAGUGAACGUGCUGCUCAGAGGCAUCACCAUCUGCCUAUUGUCAAAGGACUCCUUUUCUAUAGGAAACAUUCGUUUUCUGUAGAAAUCAGGGGCCACUCUGGGUGAGAGCCAGAGCCACCCACAGGGUGUGCCAGGGGCCUCGUCGUGGGACCGCUGGUGUGGCCAGGUGCACCCUUAGAAGGCAGGCAGCCAUGAUGGGACUUAGAAGAGGUGCUCGGCAGAGGCUGCCCUUGAAGACAGAGCCAGCCACUGGGCUCUCUGCUCACUGCCGAAAGUGGCUCUGCGCCGUGUGUCCUUCUAAAAGCUAUGAUUCUUUUAUUCACUUGAAAUGUCACUGGGGUUUGAAGCACGGGCGAUUUAAACUAGAAGCCUGCCCAUCAACGUCCACAUUUAUUUUUAAAUGACAUGCAUGGUUUAAAAGAAUCCUAAUUUCUGAGUACAUGGUUUCCCCAAAAGACAUAUAUAUUCUGGGGAUGGUGGGGGUGACGGCAUGGAGAGGGAACCCUGUAUAGAAAUGUGUGUUGUUUUACAUGCCUUUUUCAUACACCUAUCUCAAGAAUAUGGGUUUUUCCAGUUCCUCUUUAACCAGCCAGGAAGAAGGUGAUGAUGGUAAGAAUUUGGCAGUUGGUCUAGUGAACUUUGGAGUGUGUGUGUGUGUGUGUGUGUGUGUGUGUGUGUGUUGGGGGAGGAAGCAGCAGGGAGAUGCGAGAGAAACAACAAGGAAGGGUUUUCAAUUACAAAGUAUAUGUAUAGCUAAGAGGAGUCUUUAAUAACCCUGGUGGGGAUGUUCUAUGUUCUGGAAUCCACCUGUGAGAAGAAGAGCUUGUGGGUCUUUUGUUUUGAGUGGAAUUGUACAGUGCCCUACUCUCUUUGACGAAUGCAGAGCCUUGUGAAGAGUGCCCACCCCCCAGGCCACAGAGACCCCCGGUGCAUCUGGCAGGAGCCCAUAGAAACCACGAUGGAGUCCAGACUGUGGGACGUUUUGGCAGAUGAUUGACAGGUCCCAUGAUAUGCAGCAGUGGGGAAGGUGGGGAAUGUAUUACUGUUCUUACCCUGUGGACCACUUUUAAUAUAAAGUCCUGAUUUUAAAUAAAUUGUUAUAGCGAUGUCAUAUGGUGUGGCAGACCAUUAGGCAUUUCUUGCAUCAAGUGUAAGAAUUUAAUGAUUAAUAUGAGGUGGUUAAGUGGACUCUCCCAAGAAUACUGUUUCCCCCCCCUUUUUAAAGGCCUUUUUGGUGCAAAAAUAAUACAUAAUUUUUUUUUUUUAGAAUAAGCUGCAGAUGAGCGAAAAGAAAAAAAAUCACGUUAUUACACCAUCUGAUUAUAACCCCUGUUAACAUUUUGGUACAUAUCUUUUCAGACUUUUUUCUAUGCAUCUAUAUCUGUUUUAUUACAAUUUCCAUGCGAUACAAUCAUAUUAUACAUUAUUAUACAUAUUUUACUGUUUUGUAACUUGCUUUUUUUUCCUUUUAACACUAUAUUGUGAAUAUAUUUCUAUGUCAGUAAAUAUAUAACAGCAUCAUUUUUAACACCUAUGUAGUUUGUACCUUGGGUACCUAAGUCGUUUCCAGUUUUAUACUGUUGUACUCAAGGAUAUGAUGAAAUCCUUUCUUCUGACACCUUCAUGAACUUUUCAGAAUAUUUACUUAGGAUAACUUUCUAAAGUGGGGGCUUGCUGCCUCAGAAGUGUGAUGGGCAGUACAAGCACUGCUCCGUCUUCUCCUCUCCCUCCUGGGCACACAGGAGAUGCCACUUUCCAGCCCCUAUAGUCACUCAGGGUCCUGGUACUAAUUCUGGCCAGUGAAGUGUGAGCAGAAGUGACAUGUGGAACGUCCAGGCUGAGACUGUGAGGUGCCCCCGUGCAGAUCUGCAGUCUCCCUGUUGCCUUGCCCCACAAGAGGUGAUGUCCCAGGCUUGAGCUUCUGUCAGCCUGGGUCCCUGAGUGACUGCGUGGAGAGCUCCGCUUCUCCCAUCAUGACAUGCCCCCCACCCCCCCACCUGCAUGGACAUGUAAUGUGAAUAUAGAAUAAACAUUGUGUUACACUAUUGGGAUGUCAGGGUUAUUUUGUUACCACAGCAUAACAUUUCCUGACUUAACAGUAAAAAGGUACACACACGUUGGGGACUUUUAAUAUAUCUUGCCUCAAAUCUUCCAGAAAGAUGAUACCAAAUUAUAUUCCCACCAGCAAUGUCUGAGAAUGUCCAGCUCCCUCUUUCACUCUGGUGUUACCAUGGGGGCCAGAGGGCUAGUUUUGAUCUGCAUUUUUUUGAUGAAAGUGUGACCCUCACUAGCCAACAUAUAUGAGACUAUAUUCUUUUGUCGUUUACCUAUUCAUUUUCUCUGGCCAGUUUUCUCACAAAGUGUUUACCUGUCUCAUUGAUUUCUAAGAAUUUUUCUUUUUCCCUAUAAAUAUUAUUUUUAAAAAGUUGCAUGUAUGGCUUAGACUAAAAAAAAAUUGUUUUUUAGUCAAAUCGUCCUUUCCUUUUAUGAUGGCUGCCUUUGCUGUCAUGCUUUCGAAGAUCUUUGCAAUUCUGAUUCCAAGGUUGUAAGGUUGUAUGAAUUUUCACCAGUAUUUUAUUCUUGUACUUUUAUUGUUUUGAUUAAGCAAUUAAAUCUGUGAUCCAUGUGGAAUUUGCUUUUUAAAUUACCCAACAUCACUUAUUGGGGAAUCAAUCCUUUCUCUACUGAUACAAAAUCCCAUUUUCGCUAUAUAUCCAAUCUUUAUAUAUCAUUAAGUGUACUUCUGAACUUUCUAUUGUGCUCUAUUGUGUACAUUCUGGCAGUGGUACCACAUAGUUUGGUCAUCUCAGAUUUAUACUAAAUGUCCCCAUUAAUUAAACGUCUUCAAAAAUGUCUUGGUACUUUCUGUAUGUUGGUAUUUCCAAAAGAAAUUCGGGAUCAUUUUGUAACGUUUAGAAGAAUUGGAAAUGGGCUUGUGUAAAAUUUAUAGGUUACUAUAGAGAGAAUUAACAUCUUCAUAAUAUUUAACCUUUCAUUUCAAUAGCUUUAUAAAGUAUUAUGUUCCUCAGUAUAUUUUUUCUAGUAUAGGUAGUUUUUUGUAGUUGUGGUUACUAUGGUACAUGAGCUCUUUUGUCCAUUAUGUUUCCAACUGCUUAUUGUUAGUAUAAAGGUACACCACUACUUAUUUUUUAAUGAAAAUUAGAUCCAUUGGUUUUUUUGAUUUAAAAUAUUAAAUAAAAGCUAUGGAAAUGUAAACAUUAUGAAACAACAUAAUAUAGAAACUGAAAGUCCCCUGUAACUAAAAUCCGUCUGCCCCCAAGGUAAACAGCCGGCAGUUGACUCACAAUCCUCAAAUCUUUUUUUCCUAAAAUAUGUUUUACUAUUUUGACCAUAUGAUAGGCCCCUUCUGCUGCUUGCAUUUUUCACUUGGUAGCAGAUCUUGGACAUCUUCCUGUCAGUGCAUAUCAAACUACCUCAUUCUUCUUAACUCUGCAUAGAGAGUUCUGUGGUUGUUUACUAGUUUAACUUGACAAUUGGUUAUUUGUUUGUUUUGUAGCUAGCCAAUUACUGAAUUUCCUUUCAUUUUAAUAGUUUUGUUGUUGUUGCUAAUUCUUUUGCCUUUUUCAUAUAGAUAAUAGUUCUGAGUAGUGAUGAUAACUUUACCUCCAUAUUUUUAAUAAUCUUAUUUCACUUCCUUAUCACAUUGACCAGCACUUUUAGAACAACGGUAAAUAAUACCUAUAUACAUUGUGCCGAUAUUGUACAUUCUUCUUUAUAUAUGUUUUUUAUUUGGAGAGAAUACCUCUAGUGUUUCUCCAGAAGUGCAAAUUUGACUCUUAGUAUGAGAUCUUCUUAAUAUUUGAAUUUAGAUAUUAAAGUUAUACCCUUCUCUUUCUAGUUUGCUGCAAGUUUUAUCAGUAAUGAAUGUUGGAAUUUUAUUAAAUGCCUUUUUUUUCACAUCUCUCAAGAUGGUAAAUGGUUUUUCUGUAUCAUGACUUAAUAUGAAUAAUUUUAAUAGAUUUGCUAAUGUCAGAUCCUCUGCAUUUGUAGAAAAACCUGAUUUAGUCAUGGUAUGUUAUUCUUUCAAUAUACAUCUCCAUUCAGUGUUUACAGUGGUUAUUUGUGAUGGGUUGAUUUAUGGUAGACUUUUAUUUUGCGUUCUUAUGUGUAUUUUCUGAUUUUUCUACGUGGCUCUUGUAUUACUUGCAUAAUAAUAGUAAGAGCUUUAAAAUAAGAAAAAUACUCUGGAUUUGGUUUGCUCUUAUUAUUUUGGAGUUUUUCAAAUGUUAAGGUGGAUAGUUGUAUAAUUUUUUUUUUCCUGCUGUCUUUGUCAAGUAUCAGUGUUGCGCUUGUGUUAACUUAAAAAAAAAAAACAACUUGAGACGCUCUCUUUUUUUCUAUGCCUGGAACAGUUUAAAUAAUGUUCAGAAUUUUUUGCUCCUUGAAGUUUUUAUAAUAUGUAUAAAUCUGUCCAAGUCUAGUGCCUUUUUAGGAAAUAAUUCUUUGACAAUUUUUUCAAUGUUAUUCCAUGCUCAUUAGUCUCUUUAAACUUUCCUUCUAGUCUGUAAGUUUUUGGCAAUUUAAACUUCCUAAAUAAUAAUUCUGUUAAGAUUUUCAAAUUUGCUAGCCUGGAACUAUUGUAUUUUCUUUUCUCAUUCAUGACGUUCUGUGUCCAUGCUUCCCCUUUUUAUUCUGAGACUUAAAUCUUAAUUUACUGUUUUACCAUUUUAUGAUUUUUUUUUGGUUUGUUUUCUUAUGAAUUUCUUCAUUUUAUUAUUUUUUCACCUCAAGUUGAAUGCCAUUUAAAAUUUUUCCUGUUUAAUAGUAGAUACGGUUACUAGUGCUCAUAAGGCUACGUGACUUUUCUUCUGAAUAUUUCUUUAUCCAUAUCCCUUAAAUUUUUAGGUAUGGUGUUCUAAGUUACAGAUAAUUUGUAAUUUCAGGUUUGACUUUAUUUUUUACUUAAGAGUUACUUAAAAUUAUACUUUUAAAUUUCUGGAUAGUUUGAUACUUUUUGUUGUUUUUAACAUUCUUUAUAAAUUUCUAGUUUUACUGCCUUGUUGUCAAAGAGGGUAUGGCUUGUACAAUUUCUGCAUUUUGGAGUUUAUUGAUGUUUUCUUGGGACCUGACCUAAUAAAUUUUUAAUUUUAAUAAAUAUUCCCAGGAAACUGGAAAAGAAGCUAUGUUCUCAGAAGGGAACAAAAUUCAAUUUACAUGUAUUAAAUUUGACCUUCUUAAUUAUCCUGUUAUUGCUUGUUGCUUACCUGAUUCAUUAAAGACUGAGGAAGGUAUGUCGGUCUCCCACUGCUAUCGUGUUUCUAUUUCUCUCGUGUUUCUAACGGUUUUUGCUUUAUGUGUUUCAGUAUGAUGUUAUUUGGCAAAUUAUCUUUUUGUACUUAAGGGAAAAAAUAUUUUCCUUUAAAAACUUGUAUACCUUUAUGGAUUUUACCUGAUUUUGUUGUAACAGAGUUGUAUAUGUAGAAAUACAUAGUUCAGUAAAA